AUGGCAGCGCCCGUAAGUCCGAAUGUGGUGGUGAAAUGGAAUGGUAAAGAAUACACGAUUUCGGAUAUUAAUGACACUGAUACUGUGCACGAUUUGAAAUGUAUGAUCUCAAAGCAGACUGGAGUACUUCCAGAGAGACAGAAACUCAUCGGCUUGAAACUUAAAGGUAAGGUGCCAGCAGAUGACACCCUGAUGUCGGUGCUGCAGCUGAAGGCCAAGACCAAGCUAAUGAUGGUCGGGACGAGGGAAGAAACGAUAGCGGCUGCCAAUGAGAAACCUAAAGACAUGGAUGAAGUAAUUGAUGAUUUUGAUGUGGAAGAAGACGACAUCCAAACAGAGAAGAGAGAGGAAUUCUUGGAGAAAAUUCAACGUAGAGUCAAAGACUAUGAAAUUAAAGUUUUGAAUGAACCACGACCCGAUAAGAAACUUCUGGUGCUUGAUAUUGACUACACAUUAUUUGACCACAGAUCUGUAGCUGAACAUGCCCUGGAGCUAAAGAGACCUUAUCUUCAUGAGUUUCUUACAUCUGCAUAUAAGAACUAUGACAUCGUUAUCUGGUCUGCCACCAGCAUGAAGUGGAUUGAGGUGAAGAUGAAAGAGUUAGGAGUGAGCUCUCACACGGACUACAAGCUGACAUUCAUGGUGGACAGUAGCGCCUGCAUCUCGGUACAAACUCCCAAGUAUGGUAUGGUGGAUACAAAACCUCUAGGUGUUAUUUGGGGUAAAUUCGAGCAGUACACCACUACCAACACCAUCAUGUUUGACGACCUACGAAGGAACUUCCUAAUGAACCCACAAAAUGGUCUCAAGAUCCGGCCAUUUCGUCAAGCUCACAAAAAUCGAGAUAAGGACAAAGAGCUGUUGAGACUUGCUCGGUAUCUGGAGGACAUCUCAAGCCUGGACGAUCUGAGCCACUUGAACCACAGACAGUGGGAGUCCUACAAACCCCCGCCAAAAUCUUGAGGAGAGGUUACUAUAUCGAAGCCUGUGCUCACGACUAUUCACGACCACGUAAUUUAUUUACACAAUCAGACUCAGCAGUGACACAUUCCUUCAAUCCUUUCAGCGUGAAUUUGACUAUAUUGCAGCUGUGGCAAACAAUAUGCUAUGGAGAUAGUAUCCCAGAUUUAUGGAGAUAAGUCCCGACUAGUGUUAAAGUCGUUACAAAUUCAGGUGUGACUAGUGGAGUAGUAAAUUUCACUGGUGCCCAGGCCUAGUAUCAAGUCUGUACAAACAUAUGUACAUGUAGGAAAUUGCCUCAAACCAUGGUGCUUUCGGCUGUCAAAACAUGACAUGGCAAUAACAGGGUGUUUCAAAAUUGAAGGCUUCGACAGUGGAUAUGGCGGUUUUCAUUUGGGCUUUAGUCCCACAGUGGGUGUGUCAGUAGGUAUACACAUUCAAACCAGGGACCUAUAACAAAAGGGGAUAAUGGGGUCCAUGGCUCGGGAAAGGUCCAUGGCUCGGGAAAGGUCCACAGUUGGAAAACGUGUAACAUGCCCAAGUUGCUCCAUAAACGUUGCGCAAGUGGACUUACACAGUUGCGUAAAGUUUGGUGAAAUCGGCUGCUUGCCUGUGUGUCACCCCAAUAUCUUAAGUUAACAUGGCAAAGGAAGUUGAUUCAAAAGACAGCACUACCAGACAACAUUUCUACACAAUUCUCGGUGUUGGGGACAAAAUCGCCUACCCAACCAGAUUUCUACAAAGUGAUGAUUUCUAAUGUUGUCUUAUCAGCCAAUGGGCGCCCCAGAAGUGGCUUGAAUCGGACAUGGUGUUAUUAUGCUCUUACGCCUGUGAUCUAGGCUUUGUUGAAUGAUCUUAUGCUUUUAAUUUGAAUGCCAUUUCACUGUAAGCUUUUUGUAGGGUGGAACAACUGUAUACAUAGAUGUACAUCUCUGUCUACUGUGUACAUGCAGUCACUACAAUAUCAUAUAAUAGGCUGGAACAGUGUAUCUACCAUUCAAAACCACAUAUGGAUGGUAUAGAACUCUUGCAUGCACCCUCACAGGGGUCACAAAGUCCUCUAACUAGGGUCAAAAAGUGCUCUCGCUGGGUUCAAAAAGUGCUCUCACUGGGGUCAAAAGAAGGCAACUUAUUGAACGACAGAUGUUCUGUGUGUGAAAAAUUUGGUGCAUGAGCUCAGCGUCCCUGUAGCAUUUUGCAUUACGCAAGGGGUCUGUGGAAAGACAGUAGGAGGGUUGAGUUUUUACUGUUUCGAUGGCUGAUGCAUUCACUACAUGAUGUUAUAUUCCAUGCUUGUAUAGUUUACCUAUCAUUCAAAACAACAGGUAGCGAUGUCGAAUGGUCAAACAGUAGGAGGGUUGACUGUGCACUGUGUGGAUGCUUUCACCAAAUGAUACUACAAUGCAUUCACUCAAACCCACAGUUAAUGAUAUUGAAUGGUCAGUUAGUAGGAGGGUUGACUGCUAACUGUGUAGAUGCAUGCACAAAAUGGUCGCUUGUACCACAUGAUAUCAUAUCGCGGGCUGGCAUAGUUUAUCAUUAAAAAAAAUC